AUGCUUAAAUUAUCGAGAGCCCUAAGCUCAGUCGUAUCGGGCACACGCAAUUCGCCUAGUUUUAAAACGUAUUUGAGACUGAAGGAUGGGGAAAUUGGAUCGUUCUUCCAUGACGUCCCAUUGGGCCUGAACAAAGAAAAGCGUAUCGCCAAUAUGGUGGUAGAGAUCCCAAGGUGGGUCAACGCUAAAUACGAAAUAGCUAAAGAUGUCAGGGCUAAUCCAAUUGUCCAGGACACCAAAAAGGGAAAGCUAAGGUAUCUUAACAAUAUUUACCCGAACCACGGAGUGCCACACAACUACGGUGCCUUCCCGCAAACUUGGGAGUCUCCGCUGGAGGCGUCGUCGCUGGUGAAUCAAAAUAUCCUAGGAGACAACGACCCGCUAGAUGUCAUCGAUAUCGGCCGUGACGUGUCUCCCACGGGGACAGUCAAGCCUGUAAAGAUUCUCGGCUCGCUCGCCCUGGUUGACGACGGCGAAUUGGACUGGAAGGUCGUUGUCAUUGAUACGAGCGACCCGCUCGCCGCCGCGUUGAACGACGUGAAAGACGUUUACGAGAAAAUGCCAGGAGUUUUGGAAAACCUGAGAAGAUGGUUCCAGGUAUACAAGAUGCCAACAGGCAAGAACCCAAACUCUUUCCUGUUCGAUGGCAACUACAAGGAUGCCAAGUUCACCCUUAAAGUUGUGCAGGAGUGCCACGAAAGCUGGUACAAGCUGGUCAUGGGUGAGCUCCACGGGGACAAUCUUCCGUCAACAGAGAACGCUACAUUGCCGAAUACUAAGGGCAACACCGUGUUUGAUGUGAAAAUUGAGCCUUCGCCGAAAGAAGAGCAAGUGCCACCGGAAGUCAAUGACAUGAGCUUCAUCAGGUAG